CCUUUCCUCGAAGUGUUCUGUCAGCCAAUGCCAUUGCGAAAUUAAUUGAAUAUCGAAGCACAGAAUUCAACUUGCUUUGCUUGGAUAACAGACAUGGUUUUCUUGUGCUGGGCUCGACCUUCUCCUGAACAACAGAAAUCUUGCAUUAACAAGUCAGGUACAUUCAACUAUGACACCAAAUAUAAAGGAGCUACUGCUAAGCCUGUGUCUUGCAUCAAGGAAGAUAAGGAGCUCUCCAAAGAUGGUUAUUUAGUCAAUCAUGCACGUGUUUUAGUUGGUUCUGGUCUCCAGACCUAUGAGAAGGGCAAGGCAGCUCUGCAGAAUUGGAGGCAUUUUGGAUUAAAUUGGGCAUUUGUUGAUCCCAAGACUCCAAUUCAAAAUGGGGUGAAAUUCUGUGUUUGUGUCAAGGAGUUUCUACCCUGGGUCAUGAUGCCUCUCCAAGUGGUGUACGUAAAGGAAAGCAAAAGUGCUAAGAGUAAGAAGGCUGUAGCCUCCUUUGGUUUCGGUAGUGGCACCUUACAAGGUCACCUACUGGCUGGGGAAGAACGCUUUUCAAUUGAGCUGGACGAGAAUGACCAAGUGUGGUAUGAAAUACUUUCCUUCUCAAAGCCAGCUCACUUUCUAUCAUUUAUUGGUUACCCAUAUGUUCACCUGAGGCAAAAAUAUUUUGCUCAUCAAUCUGCCAAUGCAGUUCUGAAACAUGUAUAGCAACAAUGUAUGUGGAAUCACAUAUUUUUCAUUGCUCUUUCAAUAUGAUCAUUUGUUUCUUGAAUUCUUUUAUUUGGAAGAAAGAAAAAGAGGCUACUUUAUUA